AUGUAUUAUCAUCUUCCGAGUGAGGUCCAUUUGGAUAUUGUCAAAUGUCUCAACUUUAAUCAGUUAUUUUCUGUUAAACAAGUCAAUCGUUACUUUCUUUGGUUUAUUGGUAAAUAUGAGGGGGAAUUGGCUCGAAAAUUUUUUAAGCAUAUGGGACAGGUAUUUUUUUUCAAAUAAUCUGGUAAUAAAUUUGCAUUCUUUAGACUCAACUUUCUGGUUUUUAUGAACAACACAA